AUGGGCAACUCAUUGAACUCUCAUGAGGUAUUUCUAGAUGGGCUCAAGGAGUCCCUCAGGACAUGGGGAGUAAGGAUUAAGAGAAUGGAUCUUAGACAAUUCUUCUCCUUUAUUCAUGAGACCUGCCCAUGGUUCCCCCUAGAGGGCACUAUUGACCAUAGACAAUGGAAAAGAGUAGGCGAUGCCCUUCAGGAUUUCUAUCAAACCUUUGGCCCUGAAAAGAUCCCCGUCUCUGCCUUCUCAUAUUGGAAUUUUAUCCAGGAUAUCCUUAAGGUCCACCCUAAAGACCCUGACAUCCAAAACAUAAUAAAAACAGCGGAAACAUCCCUUAGGGAUAGCUCCCGGCCACACUCUGCCUGCCCUUCAGUAUCUUUUGAUAUCCCUGAGGAGCCCACGGCACCCUCCAAAGAAAUCACUAAAUCUCAGCCUGACAAAAAAUCUCCAGACAUCUAUAAUAAACCUGAUCCCCCUCCCCCUAAAAUCCCGAGUAUCUAUCCUUUCCUCACCUCCCGAAGACAUCAGGAGGACCACCUGUCUCCGGAGGAUGAGGAAACCUUAGAAAAUCAGGCCGCCCAUUAUCACAAUGAUAAAGACCCCUGGCGCUUUACAGCGCCGGCCCUUCGUAGCACCUCUAGUAAAUCCUUUAGGCUCCCUCCCUAUAACCCCGACCCCUCACUAAAUAUCCCUAUCUUUCGAAUUCCAGCCCUGGAACCAUUCCGCAGCCCCCCUCCCUCCUCCGAUCCCAUCUGGCAAGCUAAAAACUCCCUAACCCAAGAAAUUUCCUCACUAAAGGAAAUUCUACAGCAAAAACGCGAACACAUCCAACUUAUCAAAGAAAUCCGAGCCCACGAGGCUGAACUCACAUCACUAAGCCCCAAUCAACCCACCCAACCUCCUAAAAAAUCCACAAAAAAUCUAAAGUCUAAAACCCCUCUCCUCGCAUUUCCAGACCAAGGCCACGAUUCGGCCGAUGAGGGCUCCGAUGCAGAGGGACCCACACCUACCUCAAGUCGGACCGCAACUCAAAAAUACCGCCCCUUAAACCUAAAACACCUGAAGGACCUAAAAGCGGCUGUAACCAAUUAUGGCCCCACUGCCCCUUUCACCCUGGCCUUACUUGAAAGCCUGAGCGAUCGAUGGCUGAUCCCUAACGAUUGGUUUUCCCUGGCUCGAGCCACGUUAUCAGGAGGGGAGUAUGUCCUAUGGCGUACUGACUUUGUAGAGAACUGCCGCGAGACCACGCAGCGCAAUAGUGAAAGUAAGACCUCUCGCUCAUGGACAAGGGAUAAGCUACUUGGGCGCAGCCCCUAUGACACCAAUGAAGCUCAAGCAGCCUUCCCCCCCGGCCUUUUAGCCCAAAUCCAAAACGCAGCCCUUAGGGCUUGGCGGCGCCUUCCGCCUAAAGGCUCAGCUACCACCUCCUUAGCAAAAAUUCGCCAGGGCCCUGAUGAACCGUACAGUGAUUUCGUCAGCCGCUUAACUGACGCGGCUGAACGACUAGUCAGGGAAGGAGAAACAGAAAGCGCUUUUAUUAAACACCUGGCCUAUGAAAAUGCUAACCCAUCUUGUCAAGAGACUAUAUGA